CAUACUGCGCCAGCUGAUAUGGGUAACCCCCAUUCAUUGCGGUCGAGUUAGACGGGAAGAUUUUCCCAAUCGCCCCUACCCACACACCUACAGCUUCAUCCCCUGGGAUUACUCACGAGAAAGGGGGUUCUGUGAUCACGAGACAAGUUGGGGUAGUUUCAUUGCGAGCGGCGACCGUAAGAGCACUUUCUUCUAUUUGACAGCUGUCGAGGCUGGCAGUGUUUGUUGGGUAGCCGGAUUGCUAGAUACAGGUAACCGUCUCUCUAUCGAAGUCUCAACACAGGCGUGGACAGUUUAACCUAGUGGACAUUGAGUCCACACCAUGGCGGACGUGGCCGAGACGCAGGGGGGGCAGGGGGAAGAGGAACCCCCCAAGAAAAAGAGGGGCAGGCCCCGAAAGCCUAAACCCCCAGAGCCAGAGGAACCAAAGCUAAAGCGACCUCGCGGUAGGCCAAAGGGAAGCAAAAAUAAAACUCCAGCAAAAUCUUUACUGAGAAUGAAUAUACCAAAGAGACCACGCGGACGACCAAGGAAAUAUAGGGAAGAGGAGGAGGGGAAGACGUCACCGCCGCAGCCCGAGGAACCGUCGACAUCAGGGGAGGCAAGUUCUCAUUGAUGAGCGUUGUGUCCGUGCUCUGUGAUUCUGUAGCAGAGCAACGCAAAACUAUGUCCACCACAUCACAAAACAGCAACAAAUAAACAAAGGAAGAGCAAAUAACAGCAAAACACGGCAACAUGGAGGACUGAAUGAUAAAGUAUUGAUGUUCCGGAACAAGUUUUGAAAACAAGUAACAUCCACCAGCUCCAGCUAGCAUCAUGCAAGAGGAAUUCCAGAGGAGCUGAAGACGGUGGCUAUUAUUUCAUAUAUGAUUGUCAUCUUUAUUGAAAUUAUAAUGUUUCAUUAUGAUUGGAGUGUGGUAUUGGCAUAUCGUACGCGUGAACACUUUACAGGUUUGUAGACACUACAACUGCCCAUCACAUGUGAAUGCAAAUGGUGGAUAUGCAGUGUUAUGUUGAUUCACCGGUUUCACCUUAUACUAAGCAAUGAGCAGAACAGAAAGAUGACAUAUUGUGGCAUAUCUUGCAUGAGAAAUAUUUCCGUUCUUGCAAUGUACUGGUUGUCUGUUUGUAUACUGAUUGGUGAGAGUCUUUGGUUGUCAGCAGGAAUCGGCUCAGGUUCGAUUUGUUCAUUAAAAAUAGCAUCUACACUAUUAAAUGUGUGACUGUAUUGACAAGUGAUGGCGACAGGUAGAGUGUGUACAAACCUGUGCAGUAUUGCCGAUGACAGUGUGUACCCAGUUCUGGUUCUAGUAUCUAGGCUCAGAGCUGGGAGCAUCCAUUACAUUAGAGAAAUAAACAGAUUGUACUUACGAAA